AUGAACUCCAGGGGGGGCACAGCACGAGGUUUCUUCCUUCUCCCAAAGCCCCCGCUCUACACCAUGGGCCUGAGCUCUUCCAAGGCGCACCCCAAGGUGACCAGGGUGGCACCGAUGCUCUCCAGCGAGGACCUGCCCGCUCACCCCAUCCCACACCCUGCGGUGCUGGGGGGGCCCAUCCUGCGCCCGCCAGCCGUGGGGGAGUGGGGAACCCCCACAUUUCAUGGGCAGCUCCCCCCUCUCCGCAACACCUCCUACGGGAGGGCCUCCACAGGGCCCCUUUCCUUCAACACCGUGCCGGCAGAUGAAGGCAGCAGCAUCAUCAAACUGCACCCGCCUCGGCGACCACAAAGGCUUGAACCCGCCGGCCUUCCACGGGGGAUUGCUCCUGCAAAGCCCUGGAGUCAGCACGACGUGGAUGCAGCCCCAAAAGCCAAGGCUCUGGAGAAGAGCGGGCAGAGCCUGAGAGCCCUCCCUGGCAGGCGGCAGCACUUGCACAAGCUGCAGAUGCUGGAGCUGACCCGCCAGCGCCGAGAGGCAGAGCUGAAGCGAAAUCUCCACAGGGAGGCAAAAAUCAAUAAACAAAAAAUCAAGGAAUUCAGCCCGAAGAAAGUCCUUGACACUCGCCAGAGAGGUGACAGCACCAGCAGCCGAGACCUUGUCCCCGCUGAGCACAAUCAGCAUUUUAAUGGAGACCCUGGAAACAGAGGGGAUGGUGGACUCUCAGGGCAGCAUGACGGCAAGGUCGGGCUGUGGCUCUGCAGGGAGCCGCGCACCAGGGACCUGCUCUGGGACACCUCCAGCACCGACUCGGGGGGCUGCGAGAGGGAAGAGAGGAAACUUCACCGCAAACCUGCGCUGGUGAGGACCAGGACGGAGAGGGUUUCUCUCUUCGACGAGUUCUUCGAUACAGAUUUCUAGUGGCGUGCCUCGGGACGUGCUGAAGGACCAAGCCACGGUGCCAGGGUGCGGGCACGGCGUUUGCAGUCAGCAGCGGUGCUGUGCGCGGGGCGGGUGGACAGGGCCACUGGAAACACGGAGGUGGUCGAUGGGAUCGGUAGUGACAGGUCUGGGUACGUGGCUGCAUCUGAACAGCUGGGGAAAAACAGUUUGGACUGAGCAACAGUAACGUGGGGGCAGAGGGAGGAGGAGGAGGCUGGCAAAACAAACAAGCAGAAGCUGGAAAAUGUUCCAGCAGAAGUUCCAGCUGGGAUGAAAUAGUUCCCUUGCCUUUGAGUUACUCGACCUUUCCGCCUAACUUGUUUUCAACCUUACAUCCUUUUCUAAGCCACAGAAAAGCAGUUCAAAAUGAAAGGUAGAAUGAUCGCUUUAGGAAGUCUUUCAAAUAAAUAUUUUGGCAUUUCUAAAAUUCCUUUUUGAUUUUUUUUUUUUUUUGAGUUUCCUCUCCUCCCCUGCUCCAGGAAGAGAAAUGUAUGUAUUUUCUUCAGUAUUAACCUCCAGUUUUACGGAUAAUCUUCCAAAAAACACUGGUUUUUGUUCACUUGCCCACUGCAUUCAGGUUUCGGCACUGUGCAGAGUGGUGGGAACAGAGGGGUCUCCAGCAGCCCCUGGUGCUGCAGGGUGCUGGUCAUCUCCGAAUACAUUCAAAGCAAUGGUGCUACGAAAGAUGUCAGUUUUAUCUUACAGUUCCCAUCUCUCCCACGUGUAUUUUUUCAUAAAAUUCUCUGGCUUUCCAUAUAAAAUCAUCCAGAGAGAAUUACAACCAGUUCCCGUGUCUCCUACCUGGUUUUCUCCGUAGGUCGGUGAGGUAGCAGUGCAUCAGCUUUGUCAGGGAACAGCAUAAAGUCAUCCAGGCACGUACAUAAAAUGAUUCCCUGGGAACGUCUUCCUGGGUUGCUUUCCCCUUGAUCUGCCUAAAACUGACCAGAGGGUAAAAUAUCCUCAGAUGAGCUUGCUGGCUGGCCUGGCCACCAGCGGGGACAGACUGGAAGCCUCAUGCAGACAGACAGACAGGCAGACAGACAGACACACGUGCCAUUCGCUCACUUAGGCACCACCUAAUUAACCCAAGCCCUGCACUGCUGUUUGAUUGCG